AACUCCACACGUGAGUUUUGGGACGUUCUGUAGCUGCCGCCAAGUAAUUAAACGACGCCGUUUAGUUACUUUGUUCUUUGAUUCCUUUUAUCACCCGAGUCCCCCGCACUUGCCUGUGUGUGCUGCUUCGGAUCUGGAUCCAACUAUCUGUGUGCUCUUCUUCGUCUGGUUGCCUUCUAGCUCACAUGAUGUCCCUCUUUGAGUUGGCCUAUCAGAAAGAAUAAACAAGUGAAUGCGCUAGAUGUCUAUCAUUUUUUCAAGUUACUGACCCUGUCUUAGAUCAUGGCUGGAUCUGGGAAUUCGAUGCUAUAUUCACUUCUUCUAUUCAUCGCGACACUCUCUCUGCAGGAAGUGUAUAGAGGAAAGUUAGCAUCUUCAGAAUUGUAUACCAUCCUUGGUGGAUUCACUAGUUCUCUCAUAUUCAUUUUGUUGUUAACGUUCAUCGGAAACUAUCAAGAAACAUGUGGUGUAAGGACUGGAUGGGGUGCUGUUAUACUUGCUGAGGUAGUAGCUCUUAUUGCUGCAAGCACUGUUCAUCGAGUUAGCAUCACGACAUGCUUCUUGUUCUCGGCCGCAUUGCUGUAUGAGCUAAACAAGCUCUCAGGAGUGAUGGUUUCUAGAAGUGAAUCUAGAGGCAAAAGGCACUAAUGUACUCUUUGGCCUCCAAGGCCGGGAUGGUUGGAGUCUUUUGCUUACCUUUGUACUUUUCGUAGUAAUUAUAUGAGAGGUGAGGCAAAUUUUACCAGAACUUGCAGAAUGAUAUUUUAAACGAAAUCAUGAGCAAGUUUAUAUCAACUACAUUCUUGGUCAUUUUUAGGUUUAUUUGACUUGAAUAUUUUGAUAGAUUUCUUGAGCAACUUAAAAGUUACAUGAUAGUUUUAUUGUGGAAAUUCCCUAAAGUAUUCCU